GCCGCUCGCAGGCAAACUACAGCGGACAUCGAUGUACAAACACUCAUUUAUCAAUUAAAACCACUUCAUAUCAAUAUAAAUAUUAUCAAUUAGGUUCUAUAAGGGUAGUAGUAGUGGUAUUUUGAGUAGUUUGGUUGUAUUUACCGCGUGUUGUGAAAAUGUGGUGGAUUCUCCGACGAGCGCGGCUGACCGGCGCGUCGCUGUUCAGCCAGGCGACCGGCACCAACAACAACAACAACAAUAAAACAGAUUCGAGGCCGCAGCGAAAGGAUUACAACCAGCUGUCGUCAAACGAGAAGUUAGAUAACAGGCAGACAGACGACGUGAACUACAUCGAGGAGCCUGAAGUUGACUCGGACGAGAGUAGCACCGACUUGGACGAGCGAGACACGCGCGGAGUGUGCCCGCCCUGCGCGCAUGAUCGAUAUAACAACAACAUUCACAGGCACUCCCAUGAUGAUUUUAGCGACGAUACCGAUUACGACGAGGCGUUAACGUGCAACGUUUGCGACCGGGCCUUCUCCACACGGCGCCAGCUGAGCGACCACCAGCAGAAGAAAAGACAUUUCGGGUGCAGCGCAUGCGAUAGUCUAUUUCCGUCUCGAAUGGCGUUGGAGCACCACAAGGAGGAGUUCGCGCACUGGAGCGACAGCGGGGACAGCGACAGCUCCGACCCCGACCCGCCGGCCGAAGACCGCCACCGUCUGCUCUAAUGCCACCACCUCAUUGUUGCCGGCGACCGCCCCGCUAGUCUCGGCACCUUUGUGUAGCCCCCGCCCACCCACGAGGCUGGUUAGUGUCGCGCCGCUCGAUACAGGAGGCCUACUACGAAACUGU